GAGGUGUCUUCCAAGAUCCAAAUGGGGUCCAAAAGUCACCGCCAUCAAAGAAGCUCAAGACUUGAGAGUUUUAUCACUUGACGAUCUUCUUGGAAAACUCAGAACUCAUGAACUUACCCUACAUGAUGAUGGAGAAAGUAAUGUAACACCUUUCAUGAAGAUUCUUGCUCUGAAGGCAACGAAACAUCUUGAAUCCUCAAGCGAUGAUGAAGAAAGUGAUGAUGAGGAAGAUCCAUUUGCCUUGAUCACAAGAGGUCUAGAAGGAAUCAUGAAGAUGCGCAAAAGAUUUAAGAAAUUUAAAUCUAGAAACAAAGGUAAAUCUUCAAACUCUAACUCUAAUUCUAGAACUAACAAACUUGCUUGCUUUGAAUGUGGAUCUAUAGAAGAUCUUGUAAAAGAAUGCCCUAAGAAGAAAAGGGAAUCUUACAAGAAAAACAAGAAGAAACAAGCAAUGGUUGCUACAUGGAGUGAUUCCGAAGGAUCAACCGAACUUGAAAGUGAAGAUGGUCAAGCUCACUUAUGUCUUAUGGCUAAUGAUGAUAAAGAUGAUGAUCUAGAUCAAAAUCAUAAAGAGGGAAAGCUAAAGUGGAUCUUAGAUAGUGGAUGCUUGAGACAUAUGAGUGGUAAAGUUUCUUUAUUUUCUGAAAUUAAAAGAUGCAAUGGCUCGAUCACCUUAGGAGACAAAGGUAAAUGCAAAAUUUUAGGCGUUGACAAAGUUGGUAAGAAUCCCUCUAAAACUAUUGAUAAUGCCUAUUUAGUUGAAGGUUUAAAAUUUAACUUGCUAAGAGUGUCUCAAAUAUGUGAUAAAGGUAAUCAAGUAAUCUUUGAUAAAGAAAAAUGUGUUGUUAAAAACCCGAACACCGGAGAUAUAUUUAUUACCGCUCUUAGACAUGAUAAUGUUUAUGUUUUGAAUACAAAUGAAAUUGCAGCUCAAAAUUUCAAUUGCUUGAAGGCUAUGACAGAUGAUCCAAAACUCUGGCAUAGACGUCUUGGUCACAUCAAUACGCAUACCAUGCAUUAGACAGUCCUACAUGUGACGCAUGCAUUAGAGGAAAACAAGAAAGAAGUUCAUUUAAACCGAAGAAAAUGGUAAGUACUUCAAGACCAUGUGAACUUUUACAUAUUGAUCUAUGUGGUCCAAUGCGUGUACGGAGCAUACGAGGUAAAUCUUACAUCUUAGUUACAGUUGAUGAUUAUUCUAGAUUUACGUGGGUUGAUUUUUUGAAGGAUAAAAGUAAAGCCUUGAAACCGUUCUCAAGACGUUGUAAAGAAAUGCAAACUCAGUUGAAUCUUCCAAUAGUCUCGAUUAGAAGUGAUCAUGGGAGAGAGUUUGAUCAACUAGGCUUUGAUUCCUUUUGUGUAAAAUACGGUAUAACCCAUAACUUUUCAGCUGCUAGGACACCCCAACAAAAUGGGGUGGUUGAAAGGAAAAAUCGAUCCUUAGAGGAAAUGGCUAGGAUAAUGCUUAUAGAGAAUGGAUUAGCCAAACAUUAUUGGGCCGAGGCUGUUAACGCAUCGAAUUAUGUUUUAAAUAGGUGUCUCAUAAGACCUAUACUUAAGAAAACCCAUUACGAGUUAUUUAAAGGAAGAAAACAAAACAUAGUCUACCUUAGACCAUUUGGUUGCAAAUAUUUUAUCUAGAAUAAUGGUAAGGACAAUUUAGGUAAAUUUGAUGCUAGAAGUGAUGAAGAAAUAUUUCUUGGAUACUCAUUAAAUAGUAAAGCUUAUAGAGUUCUACAUAAGCGCACAAGUAUGGUUGAGGAAAGUAUACAUAUAUUAUUUGAUGAAUCCGACAAUGAAAUAUUAGGUGAAGGAUUUAAAGAGUUAAACCUUAAUAAACAUUUUGAGGACAUAAGUGAUGACGAAUUGGAUGCCAUUGAUCCUAGUGAAGUUAAAAGGAAAAACAUGCAGGAUAACAUACAAAGUCUCGAUGAGAUUGAAGAAAAACAGGUUAAAAACAUUGAAGACUCACAGCCUAAUCUUGAGACCCAACCUCAAGACCUGGAAACAACUCCUGAACUUACUGUUUUAGAUACAUCAAUUAGAAAUUCCUCAACGGAAGUAGGAACAAGUUCUUUGAAUGAUUACACACCAUCCAUAUUACGUAGAAGACUUAGAAUGUCAUCUCAACAUCCUCUAGAAAACAUCAUAAGUGAUCCAAACAAAGGUACUCAAACUCGAUCCCCUCUUAAAAUUUAUGUGCUUUUUCUGCUUUUGUUUCUCUUGUAGAACCAAAGGAUGUUAAAGAAGCAAUACAAGAACCAUAGUGGAUCAUUGCCAUGCAAAAUGAAUUAAAUGAAUUCGAAAGAAACAAAGUUUGGGAUCUAAUUGAAAGACCACCAUAUAUCAUUGGAACUAGAUGGGUCUUUCGCAAUAAGCUAAAUAGGAAGGAGACAUUAUAAGGAAUAAAGUAAGGCUGGUAGCUGAAGGUUAUAAUCAAGAAGAAGGAAUAGAUUAUGAAGAGACUUUCGCUCCUGAUGCAAGGUUAGAAUCUAUCUAUAUUAUGCUUGCUUUUGCUUCAUACAUGAAUAUAAAACUAUAUCAAAUGGAUGUUAAAUGUGCUUUCUUAAAUGGCUACGUGCAAGAGGAAGUAUAUGUUAAACAACCACCUAGCUUUGAAAAUCUCGAUCUACCUAAUCAUGUGUUUAAACUAAACAAAACACUAUAUGGCUUGAAACAAGCUCUAAGGGCUUGGUAUGACAGAUUUAGCACACAUUUACUUGAAAAUAACUUUCAACAAGGUAAAAUUGAUAAAACGCUUUUCAUUAAGACUAGAGUAAAUAUAUUCUUAUUGAUCAAGUAUAUGUUGAUGAUAUAUUAUUUGGAGCUACUAAUGAUUCUUUGUGAAAGAAAUUUUCUGAGAUCAUGAGCAAAGAAUUCGAAAUGAGCAUGAGGGAAGACUUAACAUUUUUACUUGGACUACAAAUAAAGCAAAAGAAAGAUGGCAUAUUUAUUUGUCAAAGUAAAUAUGUUAGAAAUUUGCUAAAGAAGUACAAUAUGGAUCAAUGCAAAGAUGCUAAUACACCUAUGAGUGCAAUUAAGUCUAGACCAAGAUAUAAAUGGUAAGAGUGUUGAUCAAAAGACUUAUAGAGGUAUGAUUGGUUUCUUUAUUGUAUUUAACAGCUAGUCAUCCUGAUAUUAUGUUUAAUGUUUGCUUAUGUGCACGUUUUCAAGCUAACCCAAAAGAAUCUCACUUAACAGAAGUUAAGAGAAUCUUUAGAUAUUUGCAUGAGACUAAAGACUUCAGCUUAUGGUACUCUAGUUGUGGAGAUUUUAGUUUGAUUGGUUUUUCAGAUGCUGAUUAUGCUGGUCAUAAGGUGGAUAGAAAGAGCACUUCAGGAUCGUAUCAAUUCUUGGGAAAUUCAUUGAUUUCAUGGUAUUCUAAAAAGCAAAAUUCAGUUGCUUUAUCUAUGGUUGAAGUUGAAUACAUAGCUGCUGGUGCAUGUUGUUCACAAAUCUUAUGGAUUGCACAACAACUUCGAGAUCUUCGAGUUGAUCUCAAAGUUAUUCCAAUUAAGUGUGAUAACACAAGUGCAAUUUGUAUUACUAAAAAUCCAGUACAACUUUCACGUACAAAACACAUUGAGGUUCGUCACCAUUUCAUACAAGAUCAUGUUGAAAAAGGUCAUAUUACUCUAUCCUUUAUCUCUACAGAAAAAUCAAUUAGUUGAUAUAUUUAUAAAACCUUUAAGUCCUGAUAAGUUUGCUUAUAUUCGAAUGGAACUUGGCAUGGUAAAUGAUGUUGCAUGAACUAAGGGGGAGUAAGGGUUCAAUAGUAAAGGUAAAACGUUACUAAAUACUCAGUAUGUACUUAGGGGGAAUAUUUCAUUUAAUUUACAUGAUUUUAAUUAUGGUUGCAUAUAUGUAUGUUUAUACAUGCUUUUGAGAAGUGAAGAUUAAAUUUCAAUCUCUUAAAUUAUUUGUUACAUAUAAAUAUAUAUAAAAUGGGAUUCAUAUUUAAUUACCUUUAAUCAAUAAAAGAUAUUUAACAAUCUUAAAACAAAAUUGUUUGCUUAAAUACAUCUUUUGGACGUCAACCAUGAUUACACUCCUAAAUUACACACCCCUUCACGUCACUCUUCCAACCGAUCAAGCUACACUAAUUGUGCCUAGGGAUGGCAACGGGUCGGAUCUGGACCGGGUCCAGGUGGACCCGGAUCCAGAUCCGUUUUCAAGAGCAGGAUCCUGAUCCGGAACCGGAUCCGCGGGUCUAGUUUUGCAAGAUUCAGAUCCAGAUCCGCGGAUAUUGCGGAUUCAGUACCAGAUCCGGGUCCAAAAUGGGUCCUAUUUAAAAUGUUUUUUUAAAUGUGUUUAGAUUGCAAUAAAGCGAUAUUAAUAGACUAAUGUUAAUAAUACAUAUAAUUUCACAAUGAAUCACUCAAAAAAACAUUAUACAACUUAAAAUUGUCAUUAAAACUAAGUAUUCCUUCAUUGAUUCAUUCACGCCAUCUACGUCAGAUAAUAGCAGAAUAUGAACUAGAAAAGGAAAAGACAUCCAAAGGUCAACUACAACAAAGACAAUAGAACUGCUGCUCAAUUUAAACAACAUUAAUCACUAGAUUCAAAAGACACAACAGCUCUCGACCAAAGUAAAAUUUCAUUUAGACCAAUAAAUCAAAUUCAUCUACUGGUUGGGUCGAGCAGUACAGAAAAGUUGAGCUCAAUAAUGUUGGAACAUGCACGAAAACUACGAGAGCCGAUGGAGAGACAUUAUUAUUUGUCUAACCAGUAAGCAUAUCUUCACGAUCGACCACCAAACUUGUUCAUCAUCUUGGCUAUUAUUGGGGCCACCUUCGGAUUUCCUUGAUGUUUGGCCAAAUUUGCUGGGUUCUUCAUUAUUGGGGCGACUAUUUUAUUGAAAUAAAGUUAAAAUUUUAGAUUUGAAAACCCCUUCCCCACUCUACUGCGAGAGUGGGAGAGUAUGAAAGACAGAGACACAGAGUACAGAGAGAGCGAGAAUGCGAGUGGGAGCAAGGAUGGAGUUUGAGA